GCGGGAUCUUUUCAAAGCGGAGUUCGCGCUCCGAGAGCGGCAGCCUCCUAUUGGUUGGUUCUUUCUCUCUUUGUGGGCGCUCCCUGCCUAACCGAAGCAAGGGACUGGGCGGAGCUUCCGAGUGACGUGAGGGCUCUCUGUAGCCAAUCAUAGGGAGGGACGCGAGACCGAGGAGGAAGCGGAAUCCACAGCCUUGCUCCCGCUUCGUCUCCCUCCGCCACGGUCCGGGCCUAAGCUGGAGCGGCGGGGCGGGCGGUAGUAGGUGUCCCGGGACGGCGUCGGAGGCGGAGGGGGACGCAGGGGGCCCGGCAGUUGCCAGGCCGGGGCCGCAGCGGCAGAAGAGCCCGCGGGCGGGGCAGCCGAGUUCCCGGAGGCCCCGCCUGAGCGCGCGCGGAGGAGCCGGAAAGCAGGAUGGCGGCGUCGGCCCUGUACGCCUGCACCAAGUGCACGCAGCGCUACCCCUUCGAGGAGCUAUCGCAGGGCCAACAGCUCUGCAAGGAAUGUCGGAUUGCACAUCCUAUUGUAAAAUGUACUUACUGCAGAUCAGAAUUUCAGCAGGAGAGCAAAACUAACACAAUUUGUAAGAAGUGUGCUCAAAAUGUCAAACAGUUUGGAACACCUAAGCCUUGUCAGUACUGUAACAUAAUUGCAGCAUUUAUUGGUACCAAGUGUCAGCGUUGUACAAAUUCAGAAAAAAAAUAUGGAGCACCUCAAACCUGUGAACAGUGCAAACAGCAGUGUGCUUUUGAUCGGAAGGAGGAAGGAAGAAGAAAAGUGGAUGGGAAGUUACUGUGUUGGCUCUGCACCUUAUCAUACAAGAGGGUUUUACAGAAGACAAAAGAACAGAGGAAGAGUUUGGGGUCUUCACAUUCCAAUUCCUCAUCUUCAUCUCUUACUGAGAAAGACCAGCACCAUUCAAAACACCAUCACCACCACCACCAUCACCACCAUCGCCACAGCAGUGGCCACCACAAAGUCAGCAGUCUAAGUCCUGAGCAGGAGCAGGGACUGUGGAAACAGAGCCAUAAAUCCUCUGCAGCAAUUCAGAAUGAAACUCCAAAGAAAAAGCCCAAACUGGAAUCUAAGCCAUCUAAUGGAGAUAGUAGCUCUAUAAAUCAGUCAGCAGAUAGUGGGGGAACAGACAAUUUUGUCCUUAUCAGUCAACUGAAAGAAGAAGUGAUGUCACUUAAGCGUCUCUUACAGCAGAGAGACCAGACCAUUUUGGAAAAAGAUAAAAAGUUAACCGAACUGAAGGCAGACUUUCAGUACCAAGAGUCAAACUUGAGAGCUAAGAUGAACAGUAUGGAAAAAGCACACAAAGAAACUGUGGAGCAGCUUCAGGCUUACCUGUACGGUCGCCGGGCUUGCGUCACCUCACCCCUCAGGUUACUCGGGUAUCUGAAUGUCCUCUAUCAGCUGCUUCCCUGUGUACUUUGAGUUUCUGCUAGAGACACUCUUGACAGCUAAAUGUAGUUCCCACCUACUACCUUUACUAGCAGUUGCCGAGGUGAGUAGACCUAGUUAAAUCUUUAUCUCUUUGAUUUGUUUGUUCUGUUUUGGAGGUAGUGCUUUACUAUGUAGCCCAGUGUGGCCUCAGACUCAUCAUCCUCCUUUAGCCUCCAAGUACUUGGGUUUGUGCCCCCUUUUCCUUCCUACCUACUGUCUUAAUCUUUUAUGAUACAGAAAAUUUAACAAUUAAUAAAAUUAUCUUGCUCUAACAGCUCUUUUAAAUAUUUUAAACUAUCAAACCUAGAAAUAUAAACUGAAAUUCACCCCCCAAAUGAUAAUAAAUCCUAAGUACCAAUAAUGCCAAGUAAAAAUUCUGUUCUUAAUAUGAUAAGCUAAAAAGAGAAAGGAAAUAGUGUGUGAAUGUGGUUGUGUUCAGACUGUAGUACCAUGUCUGUGUAAUUAUUUUUCAACUUGUUACGGAUAAGGUGUCCUCCAUUUAAGUCAUAGGUAAGUAGAACCUGGAGAUAGAUAGGCAGGGUCUAUAUAGUUUCUUAACUUUAUUUAGGCUGACAUUUUUAAAUGUUUCUGACUUAAGUAUUACAAUACUUACAUUGGCUUCUGUAGGGUGCAAAAUAAGUAUUAGAAUGAAAUUUCAAUGUAUGCAUUUAACCCCUGCAAUAAAAAGCUUAUCUGCAAAAUAAAGUACUCAGGAUAACAGCAAUGCACUGUUUUUCUUAAAGCCUUUGUUGUAUAUAUAAUUUAUCAACACGUUACUGAUGUCAUUGGGAGACUAACUACAUAUUGAAAAUUAGCUUCAAAAGUACUCAAGAGAAAAACUGCUUUCAAGAUCUAUUUUAGUUCCUGCAUUUUGUUCUAAGAAAGGAAAAUGUAAAUUCACUUUUCCUUGAUUGAAAGCAGUUUUGAUUCUUUGGUUAGCCAGGGUAAAUGCUUGCUGCUAACUGCCUGCCUCCGCAGACCUGGCUAAGGCCUGUCUGUUCGGGUCACUGCUCUGCACUCCAAAGUUUGUUUCUUGCCAGUGGGUCUGUUGAGGCUAAUGUUAAAUAAUACAUAGUUACAUUGUUACUCUUUAUCUCUGGCAGGGGCUAGGAUUGUCAGAGUGAUGGUUUAUGCAAUGAGUGGCAGGGACUUCCCUGGGGAUUUUAAAGUAGCGUUAUAGUUUAGUGGUGCACGGGAUAGUUUAGUGGUGCACGGGAUCCAUACUGUUUCGUUUGGCUCAGAGACUUCAGAGGGCCUUGAUGAUUUGCAGUUUACAAGAGGAACUUUCAUUAUCUAACUUCCCAGAGGCUGCAUAGAGUAGCACCAACAGAAGAAUGAGAAAAGACUGAAUGAAGGUCCCACCUGUAAAGUCCCCCAGGAACAAAAGCAGUACCAAACAGCGCCCCCUGCAGGCAGUGUUCUUUCUGAUGAGCAGGCAUUGUCUUAACCAGCUGAAAAGUCAGCAUUGCUAAAGUGAAAUUUUCAGUCUUUGGUGGCAGCAGCAGAGGGUGGGAAUGGGGUGUUAGGAAAUGAUACCAGCUCCGUUAGGAAAUGCUUAGAUGAUACUAAAGUCGGGACCACUGGUGCUGGUGAAAAUGGGAAAGAGCAGCAUCUGGCCUCCAAGUCUUAGAACCAGAGUUUGAUUUCCCGGACCCAUGUGGUGGGAAGAGGGAAUGGAUGCCCUCAAGUUGCCCUUUGACCUUCAUAUGGUGGCCUACACAUAGGCACGCGCUCAUACACACAUCCAUGUAUAUGCAAAUAGGUAAGUUAGGAAAAUGUUUAAAGGGGCCUUUGGCAGAGUGAUAGAAUGAUUUUUACAAAACCGUCUCAGACUUUUUCUGUAUGUAAACAGCAAAUGGAACACCUCAUUCAGCUUGCUGGAAAAUUCUCCAAAAUAUUUGAUUCAUCCUUUGAUACUAUCAAAUAGAAUGCAUGUAGAAUAACAUGCAUUUAAAUAGCUUUCAUGCAUUAAAAAACCAAAAGUUUUUCCUUUUAAAUUUGAAACUUCUAGUGAGAGAGCCACUUACCAUUUCUUGUCCAAAACUAGUUGUGGACAAAUACUGACGUUUGCCAAGAGCUGAUAAACCAAUCUAGAAUUUUCUGCCUAUCUAACGUUAAAAAGAUGAAAUAUACCAACUCAUGGGUCUCUUAGUGUUUCACUGAUAUAAUUUUUAUAUAAAUUAAAUAAUAUUGAGUAGUAGUUUUCAGCAUGAUUAAUAGUUCAAAACUUUUAAAUCUUGAAUUUUUGUCUCUCACAGGCCAAAAACAGAGAACUACUCAAACAGGUUGCAGCCUUGUCAAAGGGUAAAAAGUUUGACAAGAGUGGAAGCGUGCUAACAUCUCCUUGAAAAAGUCACUUGUUUAGCAUUUCUGCCUGACAGUGUGUGCUCGAGGUGUCCUAUGACAGACCUCUGUACAGUGGAAAGAUAUUUUUACAUGCCACUAAAUUGGUAUGUCUCCUAUUCACUUUUAUAACUUACACACAGCAUUUUUUAAGUUGUAAACAUGCAGAUAAAACUUCAGCUGGUUUGGAGUGACUUCUUAAUUCUUUGAUACCCGGAACUUUUUUCUAGCAAUAGUUGUGGAGUGCACGUGUGUGCGUGCGCUGUAUAAAAUGCAACAUGCAAUAAUGGAGUGGUCGUCAGAACAGCAGCAGGGGUUGUGUUUUGCUUUUAACACUAUGCUGAUUUCAAAUAAAUAGUUUUCAAUUUAGAAAUGCAAAACUUUUAAACAAGGAAAUGGUAAACACUUUUUUUGGGAAUUGUAUUUUUACUUCAUAUCAACAUGAAUUUAGAGAAUCAUGGUGCUUUUAUUAAAAGAGCUUAAGAGAAUAUGUAAAUGUUUUUAAAGUGACAUCACUAACAUCAGUUUAGUAAUCAACAUUUCAUUGCUGUUAUAGGAUUGAUGUUUACUGUACAGCAUCCAAGGUAAAAUGUGUUUUUGUUUUGUAAAAACUGUAGAUUUUUACUUACAAGUGCCUUUUUGCCACCUAAUGUUUUUAUUUAUAGGAAUGCUGAUCUUUUGUACAUAUGGUUUGUUUAAAAAUCAUGUUAAUAAGUGUUUGUAUAUAAGUGCAUAUGUACAUAACUGAAUUUCAAAAAGAAAUCAAAGUUAUUAAUAACAUGCAAGAUUGCAUAUUAAGAAUGAACUGAUAAUGCAUAUAGACUUCAGAUGAUUUUGUGGUUUGCUGCUGUAGCGUAAGGGGAGCUGUUGGUCAUUGAGGUCAUUUAAUUGUGUUGGAAUACUUUCCUAAAGAUUUAAUUCUAACUCCAUUUUCAUAGAGAUUUUAUUUUUAUGUUGUGUGGCUUCAUGUUUAUAUUUUGUGAGUUACAUGUUUUGCUUUAUUUUUAUAUAAAAUUUCUUUAAAAUUUAUAACGUUUCUAUAACGGUCCAUAUAUCUGCUUUUUUUAUAAUGUGUUCUAAGUUAAUAUUUAUGUACACCAUACUUACUUUGUAAAUUUAAUACAAAUCUGGAAAAUUAAAUAACUUUUUAUAAUCAAAUCUGUGCUUAAGUCUGAAUAAUUGAAAUCUAUAAGAUUCAGACACUAUUUAUAAAUUUGUCUCAAAAGAAUAAAAUUGUCUAUAAAAGAUUAAGAUAGUGUGGGAUAGGUUCUGAAAAAUUACAGAUCAGCUUCUGAACUCUAGUGGAUUUCAGCCAGUAACCAACACCUGCUCACGGUUAGUUCUGGCUUCAAGUUGAAUUUUAAACCUUCAGGCACUGCUGGCCACACCAUAUGACUUCUUUCUCUUAGGAAUGUGCAGACAGUUGUACUUGUUUUUAUCAGUCCCGAAGGGUUUAUUUUUAGAGAAAUGUUUAUAUGGUUUUCAUAGUAAAGAUUAGUGUUAAGAGUACAUAUAACAAUUCAUUUUAGAUUAUUCAAGUUUUAGUAAACUUCCCACAGUACAUUACUACAAGCGAAAGGAAAUCUUCAAGUUCAGAAACACGUCAUUUUCAAGGGACAGUGCGGUUGAAUUAGUCUGCCGUCAUGAGGCCUCAGAAGCACCUUCAUUUAACUGUUCUGAACUUUGGUAGGUAACGCCUUACUGUGGGUGGUCAUUGUUUGCAGGAUUUGCUGCAUCCAUAAAGUAGUCAUUACAUUGCUUUAAGUUUUGUUAUGAUUUAUAUUACAGUUUCCUGGCCAUUUUUCAAUCCACAGUAGUCACAAUUCUAAAUGAACUAUAGUAGUUCUAAUACCUUGCUGGAGACAGUAGAAACGGUAUCUCCCCAUUCCCUUAUUAGUGGACGUGGAAAUUGAAAAUCAGUUUAAAAUAGUGAAGCUUUGUAAAGUGCAAGGUAAAACUAAAAUUUAGGGCUUUACAGUAUUCAGCCCUAGACUAUUAUUCCAUGACUAUUUUAUAACUUAAUUUGUUUUUGCAAUUGUAUAAAUAAGUCAUUGAGUCUCAGUCCCAAGUCUGUAGUGUGUUGCUCUAAUGAGUUGAUCUCUGUGAACGUGGGCCUGUGCAGAGGUACUGUGGUGUGCUGUAGUGUGCUCUAGCCUGUUUGCUGCAGGUAGCACAUCCCAGUGAGGGUCAUAUGGGCUCCAGUUUAUCAUGUAUGAAUAGCCUGUGAAUAUUACAGUCAUUUUUUAGAGUAUAUUGGUCUAAAUAUGCAUUUUACGAUGAAUGUGUUAAGCUGGUCACAUGUAUAGAUUAACAAAAUACUGUACCUGUACACAUCUGACUGUUGACAUUUUGUACUUUUUUUCUAAGCCAACAUUUCACAAUAAAAAUACACCAAAA